GCGUAAACACGUGGGUUCAGUUUUCUCCCAAAAACGAGAAGCCAUUGAACAAGCUUUUUGAGAGAUUUCAAUGGAGAUGGGCGAUAUCUAUCGAGCAAACAAUUCAUCAUUGUGGAAUAAAAAGGAUGAAAUAUUCUCAAGAUCUUCAAAAGAUGAAGAUGAUGAAGAGGCAUUAAAGUGGGCUUCUUUAGAGAGGUUACCAACGUGUGAUCGACUGAAGAAAGGAUUAAUGGUCACCGAUGUAGAGGGAGGGAUGAAAGAAGUUGAGAUCAAGAACCUCGGGUAUGAAGAGAGGAAGAAGAUGAUGGAGAGAUUGAUUAGAGUUGCAGAGGAGGACAAUGAGAAGUUCUUGCAGAAGUUAAGGGAACGAAUUGAUCGAGUUGGAAUCGAUAUUCCUAUGAUCGAGGUGAGGUAUGAGAACUUGAAUGUUGAAGCAGAGAUUCAUGUUGGCAAUAGGGGAUUGCCCACGGUUCUUAAUUCUGUGAUCAAUGUAUUGGAGGCUUUUGGAAAUUACCUUCAUAUUUUGCCGAGUAGGAAGAAGCCGUUAUUGGUGCUUAGUAAUAUUAGUGGGAUUGUCAAGCCUCAAAGGAUGACCUUGCUUUUAGGUCCUCCGGGUUCAGGAAAAACUACCUUCUUAUUGACAUUGGCAGGGAAAUUGGGGUCAGAUUUAAAGGUUUCAGGAAAAGUAACGUACAAUGGUCAUGGAAGUGAUGAGUUUGUACUCCAGAGAACAGCCGCUUAUAUCGGUCAGCAUGAUCUUCAUAUAGGAGAGCUCACAGUACGUGAAACUUUAGCCUUCUCUGCUCGAUGCCAGGGAGUUGGUACACGAUAUGACAUGCUUACUGAGCUAUUAAGAAGAGAGAAAGCAGCAAAUAUCAGACCAGACCCUGACAUCGAUGUAUUCAUGAAGGCAGCUUCGGUGCCAGGACAGCAAAUCGAUGUAGUCACUGAUUACAUAUUAAAGAUACUAGGGCUUGACAUCUGUGCCGAUACUAUGGUAGGAGAUCAGAUGAGAAGAGGUAUCUCCGGAGGGCAGAAGAAGCGUGUUACAACAGGUGAGAUGCUUGUCGGACCGGCAAGAGCAGUAUUCAUGGAUGAAAUAUCCACCGGCCUUGACAGCUCAACGACAUUUCAGAUUGUCAAUUCACUCAGGCAAUCCAUUCACAUACUCGGAGGAACAGCAGUUAUCUCCCUCCUCCAGCCUGCACCAGAGACAUAUGACCUCUUUGACGACAUUAUCCUUCUCUCUGAUGGCCUUAUUGUAUAUCAAGGUCCCCGCGAACAUGUGCUUGAGUUCUUUGAGUACAUGGGGUUCCAAUGCCCCGAGAGGAAAGGGGUAGCCGACUUCUUACAAGAAGUGACUUCAAGGAAAGAUCAAGAACAGUAUUGGGCACGUAAUGAGCCUUAUCGGUUUAUACCUGUCAUAGAGUUUGCAAAUGCAUUUGAAUCAUUCCACAUUGGCAAGGAUAUAAAAAACGAGCUCUCGGUCCCAUAUGAUAAGAAAAAGAGCCAUCCUGCUGCCUUAAAAACUUCGAGAUACGGUGUUAGCAUGAAAGAGCUGUUCAAAGCACUUUUUGAGAGAGAACUAUUACUAAUGAAGAGGAACUCCUUUGUCUACAUUUUUAAGGCAACUCAGCUUGCGAUCACUGCAUUUAUCAGAACUGAUAUGCAUCGUGAUUCAGUAAGCAAUGGGAGGAUUUAUAUGGGCGCGCUCUUCUUUUCGGUAAUCAGAAUUUUGUUCAAUGAGCUCUCAGAGCUACCGAUGACUAUUUUGAAACUACCAGUUUUCUUCAAGCAAAGAGAUCUCCUCUUUUAUCCAGCAUGGGUGUAUUCCAUACCGAAAUGCAUCACCAAGAUUCCCAUAGCUUUAGUAGAAGUUGCAAUGUGGGUGUUCAUGACUUACUAUGUCAUAGGAUUUGAUCCAAACGUCGAAAGGUUCUUUAGACAGUUUCUGGUCUUCCUACUUAUCAAUCAAAUGGCAUCAGGUCUUUUUCGGUUCAUUGCUGGAUUGACUCGACAAAUGAUCAUCGCAAACACUGUUGGAUCUUUUGCACUUCUUAUGAUUAUGGUGCUCGGUGGAUUCGUUAUAGGAAGAGAUGAUGUGAAGAAAUGGUGGAUAUGGGGAUACUGGUCAUCACCUUUGAUGUACGCACAAAAUGCAGUAUCGGCAAAUGAAUUCCUUGGCAAAAGCUGGAGCCAUAUUCUUCCAGGAUCAAUGGAGACAUUAGGAGCGAGAGUCUUAGAAGAUCAUGGAAUUUUUCCUGAAGCAAAGUGGUAUUGGAUUGGUGUGGGUGCAUUGCUUGGAUAUAUUUUUCUGUUCAAUUCUCUUUUCACUGUGGCUCUCACGUAUCUCAGUCCCUAUGGGAAUGCUCAGCAAGCUAUGUCAGAAGAGACGUUGAAGGAAAAGAAUGCCAAUAUAACAGGUGAAAUAUCAGAGCCAUCAUCGAGAGAAAACAAUCCCAAUGUUCACUCUUCACUGAGAAGUUCAUCGCCUUCUAAUCAGAUUAAGAAGGGAAUGGUCCUUCCAUUUGCACCACUUUCUGUCACAUUCGAAGAUAUCAGAUACUCAGUGGACAUGCCACAAGAAAUGAAAGCACAAACUGGAGACCAAGCAAGACUCGAGCUUCUGAAAGGCAUUAGCGGGUCAUUUAGACCAGGAGUACUCACAGCUCUAAUGGGGGUUAGCGGUGCAGGUAAAACUACACUAAUGGAUGUGUUGGCCGGGAGAAAAACAGGUGGAUAUAUAGAGGGAAACAUUUGCAUAAAUGGAUAUCCGAAGAAACAAGAAACAUUUGCAAGAGUAUCAGGAUAUUGUGAACAAAAUGAUAUCCACUCUCCUCAUGUGACAGUGUAUGAGUCUCUUGUGUACUCUUCAUGGCUUCGGUUGCCUUCUGAAGUUAAUUCAGAAACAAGAAAGAUGUUUAUCGAAGAGGUCAUGGAGCUCGUAGAGCUGAAACCACUUAGAGAAGCCCUUGUUGGAUUGCCUGGAGUUAACGGGUUAUCUACUGAGCAACGCAAGAGACUUACUAUUGCAGUGGAGCUUGUUGCCAACCCUUCGAUAAUAUUCAUGGAUGAGCCUACAUCAGGACUCGAUGCACGAGCUGCUGCCAUUGUUAUGAGAACUGUGAGAAACACUGUAGACACUGGAAGAACAGUUGUUUGUACUAUACAUCAGCCUAGUAUUAACAUAUUUGAAGCUUUUGAUGAGCUCUUCCUAAUGAAGAGAGGAGGAGAGGAGAUAUAUGUGGGUCCUCUAGGACACCAUUCUUGUCAUUUGAUUAAGUAUUUUGAGGAAAUUCAAGGAGUCAGCAAGAUAAAAGAUGGAUAUAAUCCUGCAACAUGGAUGUUGGAAGCUACCACAUUAGCUCAAGAAAAAUUACUUAGUAUCAAUUUUACUGAUGUAUACAAGACCUCUUUGUUGUUUCAGAGGAACAAAGAAUUGAUUAAAGAACUCAGCUCUCCUGCACCCGGUUCAAGAGAUUUAUUGCUCCCUACCCAAUACUCGCAGUCUUUUUACACACAAUGCUUCGCUUGCCUAUGGAAACAAAACUUAUCAUAUUGGAGGAAUCCUCCAUAUGUUGCAGUGAGAUUUUUCUUCACAUUUGUCAUAGCUUUGCUAUUUGGAACAAUAUUUUGGGAUCUUGGAACCAAAAGGAAUAGGUACCAAGAUUUGUUCAAUGCAAUGGGAUCCAUGUAUGCCUCUGUUCUUUUCAUCGGGGUUAAAAAUGCAUCAUCUGUACAACCCGUCGUUUCUGUAGAAAGGACCGUAUUUUACAGAGAGAGAGCAGCCGGAAUGUAUUCAGCUUUUCCAUACUCGUUUGCACAAAUUGCGAUCGAGCUUCCAUAUGUCUUUGUUCAGGCUUUGAUGUAUGGUGUUAUAGUAUAUGCAAUGAUUGGAUUUGAAUGGACAGUUGCCAAAUUCUUUUGGUAUCUGUUCUUCAUGUAUUUUACGCUGUUAUACUUCACAUUUUACGGAAUGAUGGCAAUAGGCUUGACGCCUAACCAGAGCAUCUCGUCAAUAGUUUCCUCAUCGCUUUAUUCAUUGUGGAAUCUAUUCUCUGGAUUUAUUAUCCCUCGAACGAUGAUUCCUAUAUGGUGGAGAUGGUACUACUGGAUCUGCCCUGUUUCAUGGACUUUGUAUGGACUAGUUGCAUCACAGUUUGGAGAUGUACAGGAGAAACUUGAAACUGGAGAGGUUGUGUCUGAGUUCCUAACAGACUAUUUCGGAUUCAAGCAUAACUUUUUAGGAGUCGUUGCAGUUGUGGUUGUCGCAUUUCCUUUGCUUUUUGCUUCAUUGUUUGGAUUCUCUAUGAAGGUGCUCAACUUUCAAAGAAGAUGAACAAGGUAUAGAAUAUAGAUAUAAUCUACAUUCAAGCAAUCUUCAAGCAAAUUCCAGUAACCGUCGAAUUUGGUUGUAGAAAUUAGAUUGAAGCAAGUUACAAAAAAUUGUAUAUGCUUUGAUUAAUUUUUGAGUUCAUGUAUGGUAAACGAUUCAUUUAAUUUUGGACGACAUAUUGCUAUCCAAUCUUUUUCCAUCUGGGCAUCAAGAUGAAGAAUUUUGUAAAGGAGAAAGGACUUAAAAGAGUGUAAAGAGAUAGAACUUGAGCAUAUUGUCAAAAAAAAUUAGGAAAUUCUAGGGCACCUUAGAGGAUUUAUGUGGG